UGGAUGCGUGCCUACACGCCGACACGACAGAAAGCACUCGCCAUUGCGACUCCCAGAGAUACCGAGCACGUGCGACAUGCCAUGCUGAUGGUCCUUAACCCUCGAAGUGGUAUCUGCUAUACUCUUCUACCACAACGUUCUGUUCAUCACUCGUCGCCUCUAUCACUACAGCUCUAUCGCUAUCGUCUAUUUAUAUCGAGGCCGAUCGACAACGUCAUCAAAGGUGUCCAGAGCAUGACCGAUUCGGGACUGUUCUAAUGUGAUGCAGCAGUCAUUCCAUCUCAUUCUCAGCACUGGCAUCCAGUCAUCAGAGGCACCACUUGAAGCAUUCGCGCUUUGCUCUCUCUUCGCAAAGAACAUUAAUAUCAUGCCCGGGAACGCAGGUCGACGAGCUCGCCAUAUGCGUCGCUGUGGUAGAUUCUACAUAGACCGUAGGAUAUGUUUUAAAUGUGGAGCGACAGUAUACCUAUUUUCCAGACACACAUCUCAGACUUGUAGGACUUGUAAACACAAGUUUGUCUGGAAAAGUGAACCAGAAGUCGUACCAGCGCGACCUCCUCCUCCACGUCCUCUUGGCCGCGGACUCGUACGGGUGUUGAGCGAUAUAGAGGAUCGCGAUGAAUCAGAUCAUUCAGACGAGGAAAGCCUGAGACCGAGAAACAGUAUCACGACAGACGAUGAGGAUCCUUCCACCGACUGUUCGAGUUCGACGACCGAAUCCAGAGGCGACAGUGUAGUCGGCCCACUCCAUGACGAGGCAUCAGAUCGCAGCUCCAGAUCGAAUCACACAGACGAACAUGAACGGCUGGCGACCCCUCCAGUCAGCCCUAACUCGCAUAGCACAGUCCACAAUUCUCGACCGAUACCCUUCAUCCCACAUCUACUGUCCCGCAUACAUGUCCCGAGGGAAUUCCGAAGACACACCGACCGCAUACGAGUGGAACCCGUGGCACCUAGUCCGUCCGUGAUAACCGCCCAUGCUAUCAAGAGAGUACCUCGUAUGGUUCUCGUCAAACACGCCUUCAGUCUCAAUUAUUUCCUCAAGGCCCUAGCACACGAUCCACCUAGGCAUGGAGGAUCUCUCAGACAUCCGUCUCCUGUGAUCGAACCGCGGGAUCCUGACGGUGUGGUUCUGCAACACUGCGCUGAUCUCCAUCAUGCUCUUUUGCCGCUUGAAGGAUGGGAGAGAGCUGAAGUGGCUGAGGAAUGCGGAGCGGCUGAAGAGGAGGAGCGUGAACAAGACGAGGAGGUCGAGUUACUCAGCUUCUCUAGUCCCAUGGCGCUGUUCGAAAUCAACGAUGCCGAUGAAGUUGCUCUCCUACAGCCCGAACAGUCUGGUGUCAACAACAGUGUUGAGAAUGAGGCUGCUGCGCGUUGCGUAGAGGAGAUGUCUUUUCGCUCUCUCAUGCGAGAAUUUUCUUGCUACAGGAUGAUGCGUAAUCUGGGUAUCAGGCUGAAGAACAAGCUGGGUACUGGGCUGAAGAACAAGGCACGCAAGUGGAGGAGAUGAGACGGGAUGCAGCAAUAGCUUCAGGCUGGACAUAUGCGUUUGCGCGCUGGUGUCAUCAGGUCUGUUGGAGGUACUGUGCCUCAGCAUCGCGUUCGAAACUACCGAUGAUUUAGAUGGAGAGCAUGCUCUUGACCUGGCGCAUUAAGU